UCUGGCUGGGCGGGAAAGCUCGAACAGCGCUGCCGGGCUGGAGACGGCGGGAGCCGCUGCUCUCCGGCUGAGGGAACCAGAGACAGCUCCGUCCCUAACGGAGCACCGGGGAGGCAGGAGUCAUGACGGGCGAGGUGGGUUCUGAGGUUCACCUGGAAAUCAAUGAUCCAAAAGUCAUUUCACAAGAGGAAGCAGAUAGUCCUUCAGAUAGUGGACAGGGCAGCUGUGAAACAAUUGGACCCUUGAGUGAAGGAGAUUCAGAUGAAGAGAUAUUUGUAAGUAAGAAGCUGAAAAACAGGAAGUUUCUACAAGACAGUGAUUCCGAAACAGAGGACACAAAUGCCUCUCCAGAGAAAACUACCUAUGACAGUGCCGAGGAGGAAAAUAAAGAGAAUUUUUAUGCUGGGAAAAAUACAAAAUUCAAAAGGAUUUACAAAACUCUGGCAGACAGUGAUGAAAGUUACAUGGAGAAGUCUUUGUAUCAGGAAAAUCUCGAAGCGCAAGUGAAACCUUGCUUAGAGCUGAGUCUUCAGUCUGGAAACUCUACGGACUUUACCAUUGACAGAAAGAGUUCCAAAAAGCACACAAAUGAUAAAGAAGGAACUGCAGGAAAAGCAAAAGUAAAAUCGAAAAGAAGACUUGAGAAAGAGGAGAGAAAAAUGGAAAAAAUUAGACAGCUGAAAAAGAAGGAAACAAAAAACCAGGAAGAUGAUGUAGAACAGCCACUUAAUGACAGUGGCUGUCUUAUUAUGGAUAAAGACCUUUUUGAAACUGGGUUGGAGGAUGAAAAUAACUCUCCAUUGGAAGAUGAAGAGUCAAUAGAAUCAAUAAGAGCAGCUGUAAAAAACAAAGUAAAAAAGCACAAGAAAACAGAACCAUCUUUGGAGAGUGGGGUCUAUUCAUUUGAGGAAGAAAGUGAGUUAUCAAAAGGAACCACGAGGAAGGAAAGAAAGGCAGCCAAAUUAAGUAAAGAAGCAUUAAAACAACUACAUAGUGAGACUCAGCGCCUUAUUCGAGAGUCUGCACUUAACCUUCCAUAUCAUAUGCCUGAGAAUAAAACCAUUCACGAUUUCUUCAAACGUAAACCCCGGCCCACUUGCCAGGGAAAUGCCAUGGCACUAUUGAAGUCAUCUAAAUAUCAGUCAAGCCAUCACAAAGAAAUCACAGACACUGCAAAUACUACUGAAAUGAACAGUUAUCACCACAGUAAAGGUUCUGAGCAGACAACGGGUGCAGAAAAUGAAGUGGAAAUUAAUGCACUCCCUGUGGUUUCAAAGGAAACCCAGAUCGUUACUGGAUCAGAUGAGUCUUCCGGGAAGGAUUUGGUAAAAAAUGAAGAGCUAGAAAUUCAGGAGAAACAGAAGCAGAGUGACAUUAGACCUUCAUCUGGGGACAGCUCGGUGGUGCAACAGGAAUCCAACUUCCUUGGGAACAAUCACAGUGAGGAAUGUCAGGUUGGAGGGCUUGUAGCAUUUGAACCUCAUGCCUUGGAGGGUGAAGACCCCCAAAAUCCAGAAGAAACAGAUGAGAAAGUGGAAGAGCCUGGGCAGCAAAAUAAAUCAUCAGCAGUUGUGCCACCUGAAAAAGUGAGAAGGUUUACUCUGGAUAGACUUAAGCAACUGGGAGUAGAUGUUUCCAUUAAACCACGGCUAGGUGCUGAGGAAGAUUCCUUUGUGAUACUUGAUGAACCUGAAACCAACAGAGAACUGGAAGCCUUGAAGCAGCGUUUCUGGAAGCAUGCUAAUCCAGCAGCCAAACCCAGGGCUGGUCACACAGUGAAUGUGAACGUCAUAGUGAAAGACGUGGGCACUGAUGGAAAGGAAGAGCUAAAAGCAGAUGUGGUACCUGUGACUUUAGCACCUAAGAAGUUGGAUGGAGCAAGCCACACAAAACCAGGUGAAAAGCUUCAGGUGCUAAAAGCUAAACUGCAAGAGGCAAUGAAACUCCGAAGGUUUGAGGAGCGCCAGAAGCGCCAAGCACUGUUUAAAUUAGAUAAUGAAGAUGGAUUUGAGGAAGAGGAGGACGAAGAGGAAGAAAUGACAGAUGAGUCUGAGGAAGAUGGAGAAGAGGAGGUAGUGAAGGAAGAGGAAGAAGAGGAAGAACUGGAGGAAGAGGAGGAAAAAGAAGAGGUAGAGGAAGAAGAUGGAAAUCAGGAGACUGCAGAAUUCCUUCUUAGUAGUGAAGAAAUAGAAACCAAAGAUGAAAAAGAAAUGGAUAAAGAAAAUAAUGAUGGCAGUAGUGAAAUUGGCAAGGCAGUUGGCUUCCUCUCUGUUCCCAAGUCUCUCUCAUCAGAUUCUACUUUACUUCUGUUUAAGGACAGCUCUUCCAAGAUGGGUUACUUUCCUAUUGAAGAAAAAUCAGAAACAGAUGAAAACUCAGGCAAACAGCCUAGCAAACUGGAUGAGGAUGAUUCAUGUUCAUUGCUAACGAAGGAGAGCAGCCACAAUAGCAGCUUUGAGCUGAUUGGCUCCACGAUUCCAUCCUAUCAGCCUUGCAACAGACAAACAGGCCGUGGGACCAGUUUUUUGCCUACAGCAGGAGGAUUCAGAUCUCCUUCCCCUGGGCUAUUUCGAGGCAGUUUGGUCAGCUCAGCUUCUAAGAGUUCAGGGAAACUGUCUGAGCCUUCACUUCCCAUAGAGGAUUCCCAGGAUCUGUAUAACGCCUCCCCAGAGCCUAAGACACUUUUCCUAGGAGCAGGAGACUUCCAGUUCUGUUUAGAAGAUGACACUCAGAGCCAACUGUUGGAUGCAGAUGGGUUCUUAAAUGUUAGAAACCACAGGGAUCAGUACCAAGCUUUGAAGACUCGAUUGCCAUUGGCCAGUAUGGAUGAGAAUGCCAUGGAUGCCAACAUGGAUGAGCUGUUGGAUUUGUGUACUGGAAAGUUUACAUCUCAGACUGAAAAACAUCUACCCAGGAAGAGUGACAAGAAAGAGAACAUGGAGGAACUUCUGAACCUUUGUUCAGGAAAAUUCAUUUCUCAGGAUGCCUCCACUCCGGCCUCAUCAGAGUUAAAUAAGCAGGAGAAGGAGAGCAGCAUGGGUGAUCCAAUGGAAGAAGCACUUGCUCUUUGCUCAGGCUCUUUUCCAACAGACAAGGAAGAGGAAGACGAGGAGGAGGAAUUUGGAGACUUCCGGCUUGUCUCAAAUGAUAAUGAGUUUGAUACUGAUGAGGAUGAACACAGUGACUCUGGUAAUGAAGACCUGGCACUGGAAGACCAUGAAGAUGAUGAUGAAGAAGAACUCCUGAAUCGAUCUGAGAAGUUGAAAAGGCAAAUGAGGUUGAGGAAGUACCUGGAGGAUGAGGCAGAGGUGUCAGGAAGUGAUGUGGGAAGUGAAGAUGAGUAUGAUGGGGAAGAAAUUGAUGAAUAUGAAGAGGACGUAAUUGAUGAAGUACUUCCUUCUGAUGAGGAACUACAGAGUCAAAUCAAGAAAAUACACAUGAAAACUAUGUUGGAUGAUGAUAAGCGACAGCUACGUUUAUACCAAGAGAGGUACCUUGCUGAUGGGGAUCUGCACAGCGAUGGUCCUGGGCGAAUGAGGAAGUUUCGAUGGAAAAACAUAGAUGAUGCUUCCCAGAUGGACUUGUUCCACAGAGACUCUGAUGAUGAUCAGACUGAAGAACAGCUUGAUGAGUCAGAAGCCAGGUGGAGGAAGGAGCGAAUUGAACGAGAGCAGUGGCUUCGGGACAUGGCACAGCAGGGGAAAAUUACAGCUGAAGAAGAAGAAAUUGGGGAGGACAGUCAGUUUAUGAUACUGGCCAAGAAAGUUACAGCCAAAGCACUGCAGAAGAAUGCCAGUCGCCCUAUGGUUAUUCAGGAAUCAAAGUCUUUGCUCAGAAAUCCUUUUGAAGCCAUCAGACCGGGAAGUGCUCAACAGGUGAAGACAGGCUCACUGCUAAACCAGCCCAAAGCUGUGCUUCAGAAACUGGCUGCUCUCUCUGACCGUAACCCCAGUGCUCCUCGAAAUUCAAGAAACUUUGUCUUUCAUACACUUUCUCCUGUCAAGGCUGAGGCGGCAAAGGAAUCGUCUAAGUCUCAGGUAAAGAGAAGGGGUCCAUCUUUCAUGGCUUCUCCUUCACCUAAGCGCCUCAAAACAGAAGAUAGCACUUCAGGAUUGAAGCGAAGCAUCUUCAAAUACUUGGAGAGCUAACACCAUCAAAGUUGCCAAAAUCUACAUUGAGACUGCUUUGAGAAGUUCCUAGCACUGAAAGUUGGAAUUGACACUCAAGCCAACGAUCCUUCCUUCCUUCAUAAUCAAUGCAAUAAGAUUGCAGACAGAAAUUCCUGUUCUUUCUACUGCACAGCUCUGGACAUCUCUUUUCCUAGUAUUAUUCCCUGGAUUGGCCACUGAUCUCAGUUCUGCAGUAUUUACAACAUCAACAACUCAUGGAAUACUUGGGUGAGGUUUGUUUUUUUUUGAGAUGGAGUCUCACUCUGUUGCCCAGGCUGGAGUGCAGUGGCAUGAUCUCGGCUCACCGCAACCUCCGCCUCCCAGGUUCAAGCGAUUCUCCUGCCUCAGCCUCCCAAGUAGCUGGCAUUACAGGCGUGUGCCGAUAUGCCCAGCUAGUUUUUGUAUUUUUAGUAGAGACAGGGUUUCACUAUGUUGGCCAGGCUGGUCUUGAACUCCUGACCUCAAAUGAUCCACCCGCUUCGGCCCCGCAAAAUGCUGGGAUUACAGGCAUGAGUCACCGCACCUGGCCUUGGGUUAGGUUUCACUUCUUCUGUUAAACAUUUGACAUUUUAUCCUAGCAGCUUUCUGGGUUAAUAUCUCUUUGUGAUAGAAGUGGUUGGAAGAGGAAGAGUAGGGAAAAGUGUGACAUUACAGAUUAAACAGUGAAAAUCAGUUCCACAAUGACUCCUUUACACCUAUAAUAUGUGUACCAUGAUGACCAGGGUUCAGUGAAAGAAAGAUUUCUUUUCUUUUUUUUUUUUUUUUUUGAGACAGUCUCACUUUGUUGCCUAGUCUGGAAUGCAGUGGCGCAUUUUGGCUCAUGGCAGCCUCUGCCUCCCGGGUUCAAGUGAUUCUCCUGUCUCAGCCUCCCAAGUAGCUGAGACUACAGGCGCAUGCUACCACACCCGGCUAAUUUUUGUAUUUUUAGUGGAGACAGGGUUUCACCAUGUUGGCCAGGCUGGUCUCGAACUCCUGACCUCAAGUGAUCCAGCUGCCUCAGCCUCCCAAAGUGCUGAGAUUACAGGCAUGAACCACACUGUGCCUGGCCAAAAGAAAGAUUUAUUAGAGGACCUAGGAACCAAUAGAUGGGCUGCUGUGUUAUUCUUACCCCUUUCAUUUUCCUGUAUGCUUCUUCCCAAGCCAGCAUCAAAUUUUGAAUUAAUUUUUGCUGCUUAAUAAGGACUUAAACUGGUACCCAAGUCAGAAAGACUGGCUCUAAUUUUCUGGAGCUUGGGGAUGAAGAUAAAGCGUUAUAUCCAGUGUUUGUCCACCACAGUCUAUGAGGCAGAGAGACCUUCCCUGGGACUGAAUUCUCAAUUUGAAGCACUGUUGUUCAAAGACCUCCCUUCUGGGUCUGACAAGAAGAAACAUAACCAUUAUUUAUUGCAUUCUCCUGGCUUACAUACAUUGCCCUCACUAGUCAAUCGACAUUUCAGUAUUUCAUUACUAAUUCUGAGAGAAGACCACCAUGGAAUUUUAAAAAAUAUUAUUGAAGAGAAUUGCCAUCAUUCUCCAUUUGCCCUGAACUACCACAAGCUUCUUAGAAUUUUAGACAAAUGUUUUUCCCCUCAGAACUGAGCAUCAAUACUGCUUUCAAAAAACAUUCCAUGUGAAUACUGUGGUUUCAGUGUCAGGACCUGGACUUGGGAAGGUGGAAGAGAGUGUGCAAGUUUUUUAUUGGGAGAUGGGAACACCAAUUUAAUCGAUGCAAUUAGGUUGUAGGUUUUCUACAGUUUUUCUUUUCUUUCCUCUUUCCUCUUUUCUUUUCUUUUUCUUUUUCUUUUCUUUUCAACAUAGGCUGGCUCUGUCUCCUAGGCUACCCAGGUUCCAGCAAUUCUCCUGCCUUGGCCUCCUGAGUAGCUGGGAUUACAGGUGUCCACCACCACACCCAGCUAAUUUUGUGUAUUUUCAGUAGAGAUGGGGUUUCGCCAUGUUGGCCAGGCUGGUCUUGAGCUCCUGACCUGAGGUGAUCCACCCGUCUCAGCCUCCCAAAGUGCUGGGAUUACAGGUGUGAGCCACUGCACCCAGCCAGUUUUUUAAUACUCAAGAUGUUGACUUUGACAAUACUUAUGUUUGUAUAUUUGUAAUCUUAUAAUGGGGGAAAUGUGUAUAAAGAUGUUUUAAUAUGUAUGUAGUUUUUCAAUAAAUCUUAAUGCCUUGAAG